AUGGAAAGUGCGUUACCAGGGAACAUGUACAACAUUAAGGAGAUUGUUCUUCCGCUGAGAUCGGAAACGUUUGUUCCGGUUAGUCUUCCUCGAAACGCUGGGCAACCUCACUGUUGUGUACUUGUGGAAAGGGUAAACAAUGACCUUCGAUGGAAAGUAGCUCGAACCUUGAUCAGGACCACUGACAUCUCCGGAGUACGUGUGCUGAACCUUUAUGACCGGGAACAGAUUAUAGAAAAAGGCACACUGGUUAGUACCUGUGAGUACACAGAUUGGUUACGUCGGUGUCAAUAUAUAUCGAGUGGAACCCCCAGCAAGGAUUCAGAAACGAGAGUGAUCACACUUUUAGAAGACUGUCGCAGUGUUCUCUCCCCGAACGAAUUUGUCAAGGCGAAGAAGUUGUUACUCAAGUACGCCGAUGUAUUCUCAUCAAACGAUGCUGACAUGGGAAAGACUGGCUUAGUUCAACACAAAAUAAACCCAGGAGAAGAAUUGCCUAUCCGUCAGCGGCCAAGAAGGUUGCCGGUAGCACGUGAAAAGGAAGUGGAAACCAUGAUUGAGGGAAUGGUGAAGGAUGGUAUUAUUGAACCUUCAUCUAGUCCAUGGUGUUCACCCGUAUUGCUGGUAAAGAAGAAGGAUGGAACCAUGCGGUUUUGUGUUGAUUACCGCCGUCGGAACGACGUUACAAAGAGGGACAGCUAUCCCUUGCCAAGAAUUGAUGACACGCUGGACAUGCUUACAAGAGUAAAGUGGUUUAGCACGCUGGAUCUAAAAAGUGGCUACUGGCAAGUUGAAAUUGACCUUAAGGACAAGGAGAAAACUGCGUUCUCGACAGGAAAGGGUCUGUGGGAAUUUAAAGUAAUGCCUUUUGGGUUGUGCAAUGCUCCAGCAACGUUUGAAAGGCUAAUGGAACUUGUACUUACCGGGCUAAUUGGCGAUGCCUGUCUGGUCUACUUGGAUGACAUCAUCAUCGUAGGCCGGACGUUUGAGGAACACCUUCAAAACCUGGAACGCGUGUUCAUGAAUAAUCAGAAUGCCAACCUCAAUUUGAGUCCGAAGAAAUGUUCACUAUUCAAACGGCAAGUUAACUUUUUGGGGUAUGUAUUAUCGGAAGAAGGUAUCCGCACGGAUCCAGAGAAAAUCGCCGCUGUCAAGUAUUGUCCGAUUCCAAAAGACAAAACGCAGGUUAGAGCAUUUUUGGGUUUGUGCUCCUAUUACCGGCGAUUUGUGAAGAACUUUGCAAAUAUAGCCAAACCUCUUUAUAAGCUAACCGAGGAGAAUAUAAUAAUAAGGCGACAUUUCUGCUGGGAUGAAAGUUGCAAUAUCGCUUUCCAGGAGCUCAAGGACCGUCUGUGCAAAACACCUAUUUUGGGAUACUCUAAUGCAAGCAAAGCAUUUAUAGUUGACACAGACGCAAGUGAUAUAGGACUUGGCUGUGUGUUGUCUCAACGGAAUGGUGACCAAGAGAAGAUCAAGGAAAGAAUUUUCCCCCCGCCACGACUGCAUCUGUCUGUAUAUAAAUAUCUUGAGCCUUAUGCGAAACUCUUAUAA